AGCAUGCUGAUCAUUGGCCGAUUUGUGGCGAAUCAGCAGCAAUGAUUGUAUGCUAGCAUGCGGUACAUGUGGUGCAUGCGGUGCAUGCGGACAAGGCACUUAGCAUGAUAGGACACGCAUACCUGUUUGGAUGCCAGCAAACAGGUUUACAUCCCUUUGGCCCUGUUCUUCUAGAUGUAAAAUUCCGUGGCAUCGACUUACUCCUUCCAGAUAUAAACCCGUGUGAUUUGCAGAGCUGCCCAGCCCAUCCAGCAGGCGCGUAGGUAGCAGCAACAAAAAGGGACCAGCUUGUCUUUUUCACCUCUCUACAAACAACAUAGUAUCUCACAAUAAUGCCAUUUUUCACCACCCCAUCACCUACUGAGCUCACACCGACAUUUCCUGCCACGUUGCUGGUCAGGCAGGGCACAGCUGGCGGGGCACAUGGGGAGACAUGGGUGAAUUCGCCUAACACAAACAGAGAUAUUGAGACGGCUAUGGAUGGAGCUUUAAGCGACCUGUUGUCAUCCUUGACGUCGGCAGGUUCUUUAGGCCCAGUGCCUACCCAGACCACAGGUUCAAGCACCACAGGCCAGUCUCAAGGGAGCCACGUACCCUGGUUUGCGUUUGGGUUCAUUGCGGCGCUGGUUGUUAUGGCGAUACUGUACUUCAAGCUACGAGGAUGUAUCGGCAAUCGAAUGGCUCCUACAGCCAGGAACGUCGAGUUGGGUGUUGUGGCAAGGAAGUGCGAACUCCCUGUCAUGAGCGAGGAGCAGUUUGGAAUGCUGUGCGAGGUGGAUAACCAAGGCAAGGAGGCACAGGACUCAUGCGCCAUUUGCUUGUCGGGGUUUGACAAUCCUACCAGCUGUCCUCUGUUCCUUCCAUGCAGUCAUUCGUACCACCAGGACUGUAUCAAGACGUGGCUGACCACGAAAUCCGAAAAAUGCCCGCUGUGCAAGGAUUCAGUUCUGGCUGCACUUGGAUUAAAGGUCGAAGAGCCCACUGCUGUAUCUCUGUCAGAGCAGGCUCCAGAUACUCAGGGCCGCCCAGCUCAUGUGCAAGAGCACAGUUAAGCGUCGUGCCAUCUGGGAAUUAGCG